GCGGCGACGACGACGACGACGACUACAGCAGUCGACCGAGGCAGUAGCAGCAGGAAGAGCAGCAGAAAACGAGUGCACCCUCGGCCGAAAGUUGCAGCCCGCGGAUAGUGUGCAUCCGUGUGUCACAUGUGCGUGUGAGUGCAAAGGGGCGCGGACUCUCGCCAUGUCCGCCGCAACGCAGCAGCAGCAGCACCACCACCACCACCACCAGCGGCGGCAGCAGCAGCAGCAGCUAGCAGCUGGCUUGAGCAGCCACUCGAACGAGUAGUUACGCAGAGAGAGAGAGAGAAAGUUCGUUUUCGCUCAUCGAUCGUCGACCAACCUCCGCCACCGUAUAAACUUUCUGUGCGCGGUGCGCGCGGCAAUAUCUCUGCAUUGCGCGGCAUUCGGCGAUCGCAAGAGGCGUAGCUGCUGCUAGGGGGCAGGAGGCCAGAUAAAUAGCGGCUCGCUCGACCCAACGACCGUAAGAAAGAUGUCGUCGGUGAAGGUGGCCGUGCGGGUCCGUCCCUUCAACAUGAGGGAAAUAACCCGCGAGGCUCAGUGCAUCAUCGAGAUGACCGGCAACACCACCUCCAUAACAAAUCCAAAGGUCCCGACGGGAACAAAGGAUGCCGCCAAAAGUUUUAACUAUGAUUAUUCAUACUUUUCUAUGGACCCCAAUGACGAAAAUUACUCCGAUCAAAUCACAGUGUACAAAGAUAUCGGGGAGGAGAUGUUGGAGCACGCUUUCGAAGGCUACAACGUGUGCAUAUUCGCCUACGGACAAACCGGAGCGGGCAAGUCAUACACGAUGAUGGGCAAACAAGAAGAAGGCCAAGAAGGCAUAAUCCCACAAGUAUGCAAAGAUCUGUUUCGGCGAAUAAGCGAAGGCUCGAACGAGGACGUAAAGCACUCGGUGGAAGUGAGCUACAUGGAGAUCUACUGCGAGCGCGUGCGCGAUCUGCUCAAUCCCAAAAACAAGGGAAACCUGCGUGUCAGGGAGCACCCGCUUUUCGGACCGUACGUCGAGGAUCUUUCUAAGCUUGCCGUCAUGUCCUAUCAGGACAUUCACGAUCUCAUCGACGAGGGUAACAAAGCCAGGACGGUCGCAGCGACCAACAUGAACGAGACAUCGAGCAGGUCUCACGCGGUCUUCACGAUAUUCUUCACGCAGCAACGUCACGACGGCGUGACAGGCUUAGCCACGGAGAAGGUGAGCAAAAUCUCGCUGGUCGAUCUUGCUGGCUCCGAGCGCGCCGACUCUACCGGCGCUAAGGGCACCCGCCUCAAGGAGGGCGCCAACAUCAACAAGAGUUUGACUACCCUUGGCAAAGUCAUUAGCGCCCUAGCUGAAAUCGCUUCCAAGGACAAAAAGAAAAAAAAGGCAGAUUUCAUCCCUUAUCGAGAUUCGGUGUUGACGUGGCUUCUACGUGAGAAUCUUGGUGGUAACUCCAAAACGGCCAUGAUCGCUGCCAUCAGUCCUGCUGAUAUCAACUACGACGAAACUCUUUCAACUCUCAGAUACGCCGACAGAGCCAAGCAAAUCGUUUGCAAAGCUGUCGUCAACGAGGAUGCUAACGCGAAGAUCAUUCGCGAGCUUAAGGAGGAGAUUCAGAAGUUACGCGAGCUUCUGAAACAAGAGGGAAUCGACUACCAAGAAGGGCCGGAUGGUAAAAUCACUUACGAAAAGAAAGAUCCCAGGGAUGUUUCUUUUAUCCGGAACUCGCGGCGGGAAGACGAUCCAAAGGAGUCGCGACCAAGGAUCCCUUCCCACCCGACGUCGACGCUGGCCGAGGAAGCCGUGGAGCAACUGCAGGCGUCGGAAAAGCUCAUAGCAGAGUUAAACGAAACGUGGGAAGAAAAGCUGAAGCGCACGGAGGCGAUCCGCCUGCAGCGCGAGGCGGUGUUCGCGGAGAUGGGGGUGGCGGUGAAGGAGGACGGCGUGACCGUGGGCGUGUUCUCGCCCAAGAAGACUCCGCACUUGGUCAACCUGAACGAGGAUCCGCUCAUGUCGGAGUGUCUGAUCUACUACAUAAAGGACGGCUUCACGCGGGUAGGCAGCGCCGAGGCCAGCGUUCCCCAAGAUAUCCAGUUGUCAGGUCCUCACAUUCUAAGCGAGCACUGCGUGUUCGAGAAUCACGAGGGUACCGUCAGUCUGAUCCCCAAGAAGGGCGCGCUCAUCUACGUGAACGGUCGCGCCGUCACCGAGGCGCUCGUGCUGAGAACUGGCUCGCGGGUGAUUCUCGGCAAGAACCACGUGUUCCGCUUCAACCACCCCGAGCAGGUGCGCGAGCGCCGGGAGAAGAGCUCGCCGGCCAGCGAGGAGACCCCGACGGCACCUCGGCUGCCGACUCAGAACAACAACGGCCACGACGACCACAGCCACGACAACAACAACCGGAUCAACAACAACAAUCUCAGCGAGACCAACGUCGACUGGAACUUUGCCCAGGUGGAGCUGCUCGAGAAGCAGGGCAUCGACCUCAAGGCCGAGAUGGAAAAGCGGCUGUACGUUCUCGAGGAGCAGUUCCGCAAGGAAAAGGAAGAGGCGGAUCAACUGUUCGAAGAGCAGAGAAAAAAUUACGAAGCUCGUAUAGACGCCCUGCAAAAGCAAGUGGAAGAGCAAAGCAUGACGAUGUCGAUGUACAGCAGCUACACGCCUGAAGACUUCAACAACAUCGAGGAGGACAUAUUUGUCAAUCCAUUGUUUGACGCAGAGAGCAACUGGGGUGAGCGCGAAUUCCAGCUGGCAAGCUGGGCAUUCCGCAAGUGGAAGUAUCAUCAGUUCACCAGUCUACGCGACGAUCUCUGGGGCAAUGCCAUCUUCCUCAAAGAGGCUAACGCUAUUUCCGUCGAACUUAAGAAGAAGGUCCAAUUUCAAUUCACACUGCUCACCGAUACGCUGUACUCGCCGCUACCACCGGAUCUCUUACCGAAUGUCGACGAUGAAGAAGAGGAAGACAGACCGUUCUCUCGCACCAUUGUUGCUGUCGAAGUUCAGGAUCUGAAAAACGGCGCCACGCACUAUUGGACUCUCGACAAGCUCAGACAGCGCUUGGAGCUGAUGCGCCACACUUACGACGAAGAUUCGAGCCUGAUCAAAACUCCGGAGGCCAAAGAGGACAUUUUCCAAUGCUUCCUCGCUCAUCACGCAUUGAACCCGAAGCUAUCGCUCGUCAAUCUCGUGCCAUCGAGGCAAAGACUGGAGCUUAUGCGAGAGAUGUAUCACAACGAAGCUGAAUUGUCACCUACGUCACCGGACUACAAUAUUGAGAAUAUUACCGGUGGUGAUCCAUUUUACGAUAGGUUCCCAUGGUUCCGCAUGGUUGGCAGAUCGUUCGUGUACCUGAGCAAUCUGCUUUACCCAGUACCACUGAUCCACAAGAUUGCAAUUGUGAACGAGAAAGGCGACGUGAAGGGUUAUCUCCGAGUGGCCGUGCAAGCUGUCAUAGAGGAAAACAGCGAGUACUCGAGCGGCGUGCGACAGUCCGCUCGCAUAUCCUUCGACGACGACCUGUUCGGUACUCAGCGUCAGAACCGACGCAACACCUUGAUCGCGCAGAACCUAGAGAAAGGUCAGCACCAGCAGAUAAUGGAAGAGCGCGCUUUCGAAGGCCAGCACGAUAACAAGGAAGCUAAAAACGAAACCGUGAAGGAGGGCAAGGAGCUCAAAGAAGACGACGAGGUUGGCGACGCCGACAGCGGACGCGGCGACAGUUCUGUAUCGAGCGACAUGAAAGAGGAAGAGCUACCCGAACAUCUGCAACCCGGCACCGAAUUCACUUUCCGCGUUACCGUGCUCCAGGCUAUGGGCAUCGCCACCGAGUACGCCGACAUAUUCUGUCAAUUCAACUUUUUGCACCGCCAUGACGAGGCUUUCUCAACGGAGCCUGUCAAAAAUACUGGCAAAGGCAAUCCUCCUGGCUUCUAUCACGUACAAAAUAUAACUGUCACAGUUACAAAGUCAUUCAUCGAAUAUUUGAAGACCCAGCCAAUUGUUUUCGAGGUCUUUGGCCAUUACCAACGGCAUCCCCUUCACAAUGACGCCAAGCUCGAAUACGUGCGUCAGCCGCCGAAGAGAAUGUUGCCCCCAUCGAUCCCAAUCAGCCAGCCAGUGCGUUCCUCCAAGUUUGCGCAAAGUCUACCAUCACCAAGUACCUCGCACGUUCACGCCAAAUACGACGUGUUGGUAUGGUUCGAGAUCUGCGAACUGGCACCCAACGGCGAAUACGUACCAUCGGUGGUCGACCACAGUGAUGAUCUGCCGUGUCGCGGUUUAUUCCUGCUGCAUCAGGGCAUUCAGCGUCGUAUACGCAUCACCAUCGUGCACGAGCAGGCCUCGGAGUUGCGCUGGAAGGAUGUGCGCGAGCUCGUGGUUGGCCGCAUUAGGAACACCCCGGAACCCGAGGAAGAGGACAACGACUCGUCGGUGCUCUCGCUUGGGCUUUUCCCUGGCGAGUAUCUCGACUUACCUGGUGACGAUCGCUGCAUAUACAGAUUCGAAGCCGCCUGGGACAGCUCUCUACAUAAUUCGCCACUUCUCAAUCGCGUCACCUCCUAUGGCGAGCAGAUCUUUAUGACCAUCUCAGCCUAUCUCGAGUUGGAGAACUGCGGUCGACCUGCAAUCAUCACCAAAGAUCUAAGCAUGAUUAUUUACGGCCGAGACGCGAGAGUUGGACCGCGCUCGUUGAAACAUUUGUUCAGUGGCAGCUAUCGCAAUCAGGAGGCCAAUCGACUGAGUGGCGUUUACGAGCUUGUGCUCCGUCGCGCUUCUGAAGCAGGUAGCCCAGGUGUGCAGAGACGUCAACGUCGAGUUCUUGAUACGAGUUCGACGUACGUGAGAGGCGAGGAGAAUCUCGACGGCUGGCGGCCACGAGGCGACAGUCUUAUCUUCGAUCACCAGUGGGAGCUUGAAAAAUUGACAAGGCUCGAGGAGGUCGAGCGCGUACGACAUACUCUAUUGCUGAGAGACAAACUCAGCAUUGACAAGAAUAUUAUCUGUAACAAGAGCACGCAUGAUUUCACCAAGAGCGAGAAGGAGGUUUGCAACAUGGUGGCCAAAGCCACCAACGAGACACUGGCCAGCCCGGUAAAGAUAAAAAAAUCCACGAGCAAGGACGUGUAUGAGCCGUGGGAAAUGACCGAACGCGAAAAGGAGAUCGCCACGAAAUACAUCAAGCUGAUCCAGGGUAGGAUUCCGAACAAGGAACCGAUCGUCUUGACUGACGUAUCACCUGGUGACGACACAAUGACCGAUUUGACGACGUCGAUGAUGUCUUCCGUCGUCUCAUCUUCUUCCCAAGAGUCAGUAUAUUCCCGAUUAUGCGAUACUCAGCAGUCCCGUGGGAUAAUAGUGAAGAGCAGGUCUAAGUCGUGCAUCUUUAGGUUGAGCUCGCCCGAUCGCGCGAGGCUGCAGGAGCUGCAGGACAGUAUCCUGGCGGGUGAAUCGGCAAGUCACGGCGCCUCGUCCGGCGGAAAUCCAGCGGCAUCGGCACCACAACCACUCGGCGCUACGUCGCCACUCAACGAGAGCCUCGUGCUCUACGUACCCGAAGUCGAGGAGAUUCGCAUCAGUCCGGUGAUCGCCAGGAAAGGCUAUCUCAACGUACUCGAGCACAAGACCAGUGGAUGGAAGAAGCGAUGGGUGUCUGUUCGACGACCAUACGUCUUCAUUUUCCGAGACGAGAAAGAUCCAGUAGAGAGAGCCUUGAUAAAUCUAGCAACAGCCCAAGUAGAAUACUCCGAGGACCAGAUAUCCAUGGUCAAAGUUCCCAAUACAUUUAGCGUUCUAACUAAGCACCGAGGUUACCUUCUUCAGACAUUAGGAGACAAGGAAGUUUAUGACUGGCUUUACGCUAUAAAUCCUCUGCUGGCCGGUCAAAUAAGGUCGAAGUUGGCGCGCAAAGGACCUGGCACAAACGGCAUGCCAAUCAGCUUGACGCCCCAAGGACCAGCCGCAGUGGCAACAGGUGCAGCAGUGGCUUCGACGGCUGGCGGCACGACAGAAGCACAAGCCCAAGCUAAGUGAGUGGCAGACUCGCUGGCCGAAAUGAUGGGCGCUGUCGCCAAGGCCUCAAGGAUCGUACUCAAGCGGUCGCACUCUGCCCUCGAGGCGCGCGGGGAUUACUGUAAAUUUAGCUUGUCUAUAAUUUUCGAGUGACGCUUUGCGAGUAGCGGCGGCGAGGCGACUGUUGGUUGAGCAGCGGCGCUCGCUGGGCGUUCUUUCGCGGAACGUGAUUGCAGUCGAGCUGCGCUGUAGGAGCUCGACCUCGCGUUCGUCGAUAGCGUAACGGGGCGUUUGCGCGCGCAAGCCCACAGUGCAACAAUCUCGAGCGAGCCAGCAAGCACACCGUUGCCCCGAUCAAUCCUUCCCCCUCGGCGUUGUCGCGCCCGCCUCCAGUAACCUGUAGCUUCCCGCUGUCACCGACCCCCGCGCAUGCUUAUCCUUAUUCUCCGCCCCCCCCCCCCCGCCGUGACUCUUCUCAACAAAGACGCGCAUCCGAAAAAAGACUAUACGCAUGAGCAACUGCAGAGCGAAGAAACCAACUAUCCGACUCUUGGCAUCUUGUUCUCGAGAAUCUGGCGUGCGUUAACACGCUACUUGCAGUGCAAUAAGGGUGAUCGAAUGCGAAGGGACAAGAUCGCAGCUGUGAGAUAGAUAGCAUGGUAGGCUAACGGAGAUGACAUUCAGACUUUUGACAAGCAAAUAAUAAACAAAUGAAUUGAACGAUAAAGCAGAUCGCCACUCCAAACGUCGUUUUUCGCGUACUUUAAUAUUCGAAAGCAAACGAGCAGUCCUCCCUUGAUAUACCUUUCUAUGUAGGUAUACUAUGAUAAUCAUUGCAAAGAACGGAAAACUGGAUAGAUAUCGCACGGCGACUACUGUCAAAUAAACACGUAGCUCCCGACGAUGACUCAGACUACUAAGACGACAUAUGUUUGUUGUUCCUCGAGACAGUAACAGACGACUUUCGGCCCGUGCGAGAGAGUUGCUCUAACAAUGAACAUAAAUAAAAGACAGAGAGUGUACUCAGAUACACGCGUAUUUGACCGAGUUUGAUUGCGUUAUCCUUGUAAAUACGACGCAAAUCACUCUCCUCGUUGCGCCUGUAUUUUUUUUUUUGAUUGCUCUACAUCGCUUUUUUUCCCCUUUUCUCUCUCGCGUGAUAGACAGACAUCAAUCCGUUUCAUUUAAGAGAGAGAGAAAGAGAGAGAGAGAGAGAGAGAGAGAGAGAGAGAGAGAGAGAGAGAGAAAGAGAUAGAAGGAUAGGAGCGUGACCAGGAGCCUAUGAAGCACUUGAUUCGAGUCGAUAAUUAUUAUCUGUCGACGACUUUAUGACGAUACUGUGUGGCGAAGAGAGCAGUCCAGGCGAGAUUGACGGCUAGCCGUUUCGAGGAUGACGACGAUCCAUCGUCGGCGCGCGAACGGCUGAACAAUAUAUACCCGCGCGUGUCGACGCGGGAAGACUCAAAUUCAACAGUAUAAUUUCUAGUCAACAGAAAUAAAGAGAGAAUGAGCGUGCGCGUGUGUGAGUGCAAGUGCGAUUGGCUAUAACUUGAGUGUGCGUGUACACUGCAGCUCACACUAAGUUUAUAAACUGCAUGAAAUUUUUGUUACUCGUUCAAGAGAAGGCAAAACGGAAAGCAUCAAAGAAUAUUGUUUAUUGAUGUAAGAGUAACAAUUAUUAUGGCGAGUGAUGCGCGGAAGAGAGUCCUUUGUAUAAUUUGUCGAUCUCUAGAAAUGCAAGGCAAAAGAGAAAUGACGAAAGACAAGAAGUGGAAAUCGAUUCACCGGUGAAUAUAUGAACAUUGUUACAGUUAUUAUCAUUAUUAUUAUUAUUGAUCGUCAGUUCAGAUAUCACUUUUAUUUUAUUAUAUAUAGAUGGGAAUUGCGCAAAAAGAAGUUCUUGAUGUGAGGCAAUAUUUGUUUUUGUCGAGAAAGCUCGUGCGCGGUCAGAAAAACAAAUAGAUUCGGUUGCGCGCGCUGAUUGCAUUUUCCAUAGCCGCGUUUUUUGCUUGCUGACUGUUGUAGCGUUUAAGGCUAUGUAUAAUUUCGUUUUGUUAUUGAUUGCAGCAUUCGUCAGCACUUUGAAUAACAAACUAGAGGUAUUGUACAAUGACAAGUGGUGCGAUCCGGUGAUAUAAUAAAAGCGAUGGCCAUUCGCGAAAGAACGCGUCGCGUAACGACCCGGCCACGCUGUCGCAGUGCGUGAUCGUGCGUUUGACUGGCUGCGAACAAUUUCAUGUUGCGCCUUCUCGAAACACUAAAUACAUAUGCUCAAUAAAAUUUGUAUGCAGAGAGCAAACAUAAAAAGAGAGGAAAGUGCAAUAGAGAGGAAUUACAGAGAGACGGAUGACAAAAAUUGUAAAAGAGAAUAUGUUCACUUAUUUAUAAAUAGUUAUAUAUAUGAUAUAUAUAUACAAGCAGAAUAUGCAUAAAUCAAUUUAAUAUAAACUACGUUAAUACACGCAUUUAUGGAAAGUAAAUUGGGAACCGGAGAGUUACCAAAUAAAGGCAAUGAAUAAAUAAAUAAAAAAUACAGAAUUAUAUGAAAGAAAAAAGUAUUAACGAAGGAACGAAAGACGAAAAAUGGUCACUGUGAAGAAUCUCUGAUUAACUAAGCUCUAAGUAAUAAGUAAGUUCGUGUAUUUAUUUAUAUGUUAUUAACAAACUUUUGGAUUUGUGCAAAGCCGUUAUAUAAUUGUUUUCGUUCCGAGUCCUUUGUGGCUAAAAAAGUGAAGAGAGAGAGGCUACUUUGAACCAUGCAUUAAUGCUGUAACGUGUAUUGAUUACGAUUACUUGACUUACACUCUAGAUCUACUGUAAGUGGUAAUUAACGUGUAAUAAAAUCGAUUAAUAAAA